UAUAAGCUGGGAGCUAUGACCUCGACUCGAUGUGGACAAAACUUAAACUUCAAGCCUCAAGGCAAAGCAAUCACUCAGUACUGUAGCAAACUUUGUGUGAUGAUGUAUUUGGUUUUAUUAUUUACGUGUUUUAUAUCAAUUGCGAUAUGCGACGAAACAGAUGGUGGGAAAGCUCCAAGGAAUCUCCUCAAUGAUGGUCACUUAAUGCCUGUUCUGGGUUUGGGAACAUUUUUAGGUUUCGACGAAAAUGGACAAAAAGAAAUAAAAGAUAAUGAAGUAGCAGAACCGGUCACUUGGGCACUUAAUGCUGGAUACAGAAUGCUAGAUACAGCAUCAGCAUACCACAAUGAGGAGCAGGUCGGUGAGGGCAUCAGGAAAUCUGGUGUUCCUAGAGAAAAUGUGUUUAUUGUUACUAAGCUGGGUCUACAUGAACAGAGGAAUGUGCUAGAUGCCUUGAAGGGAUCCUUGCAACGUUUGAAUACAUCUUAUGUUGAUUUGUAUCUUAUACAUAAUCCUGUCGCUUUGAAGCCAGACAACUCAGGAUUCGACGUGAUAGACUACCUAGAUACUUGGAAGAGCAUGGAAGAAGUGCGAAAACUCGGUCUGGCUAGAUCAAUCGGUGUGUCUAACUUUAACAUCAGCCAGAUGGAGAGAUUAUUGCAAAAUUGUCAUGUAAAACCCGCUGUUUUGCAAGUUGAGGUGAACCUAAAUCUAGCGCAAAACAAAUUACUUGAACUAACAAAACGCGAAAACAUAGCAGUAAUGGCGUAUACCCCGUUCGGUUCUCUAUUCGCAAAUGGCGGCGAACCGGCCCCACGGGUUAACGACCCGGAGUUAGUCAAAAUGGCGGGAAAGUAUGGGAAAACGGUUCCGCAGAUUGUUUUACGGUAUUUGGUACAAAGAGGCGUUAUCCCGAUACCAAAGUCAAUUCAUAAAAACAGAAUAGAAGAAAACAUUAAUAUAUUUGAUUUCGAAUUGACUGAAAAAGAAAUGAUGGAAUUAAGUAAAUACAACAAAGACUACAGAGUAGUGUGGCCGAGUUUCUGGCAAGACCAUCCUUACUAUCCCUUUGAGAAAAAGGAUAAACCUGAUGCAGACCUUUUUAAGCCGAAACCUAAGGAAUAAAUUAAAUAUUAAAUUGUAAUCAAUUGAAUUUUAACAAAAAAACAAUAAAAUUUUUGUCUAUCCGUCUAUCACAAACCUCCUAAAAUGCUGGACGGUUUACCAAACAUGUCAAUAAAAUAAAUUUUUAAAACAGAA